GGCUCGAGUGUCUGCAAGGCGGCUGGCGGCGCGCACGUAACGUCCUGUAGCGUGCCAGGCUUUUCAGGUGGGCGGAUCCGCGCAGGCGCCCGAGGCGCGAGGGAGAGGCGAGCGGCCGGCGCACUUUCGGGAGUUGAAUAUAACUUACAAAUAAUAUGUCUCCUGAAGUUGCCUUAAACAGAAUUUCUCCAUCACUUUCUCCUUUGAUCUCCAAUGUGGUCAGAAAUGGAAAAGUGGGAUUGGAUGCAACUAACUGUUUAAAGAUUACUGAUCUGAAAUCUGGCUGCACAUCUUUAACUCUUGGACCCAGCUGUGAUCGAUUUAAGUUGCAUAUUCCAUAUGCUGGAGAAACUUUAAAAUGGGAUAUAAUUUUUAAUGCCCACUAUCCUGAGUUGCCACCUGACUUUAUCUUUGGAGAGGAUGCUGAAUUUUUACCUGAUCCUUCUUCCUUACAUAAUUUGGCCUGCUGGAAUCCUUCAAAUCCUGAAUGCCUCCUGCUUGUUGUAAAGGAACUUGUACAACAGUAUCACCAGUUUCAAUGCAGCAGAUUACGUGAGAGCUCUCGGCUCAUGUUUGAAUAUCAAACAUUACUUGAAGAACCUCAAUAUGGAGAGAACAUGGAAAUUUAUGCUGGCAAAAAGAACAACUGGACUGGUGAAUUUUCAGCUCGUUUCCUUCUGAAACUGCCAGUGGACUUCAGCAAUAUCCCUACCUACCUUCUCAAGGAUGCAAAUGAAGACCCUGGAGAAGAUGUUGCUCUUCUUUCAGUCAGUUUUGAGGAUACAGAAGCUACUCAGGUUUUUCCCAAAUUGUUCCUCUCUCCUCGAAUUGAACAUGCUCUUGGUGGAUCUUCUGCUCUUCACAUUCCUGCUUUUCCAGGUGGAGGCUGCCUCAUUGAUUAUGUUCCCCAAGUAUGCCAACUGUUAACCAACAAGGUUCAAUAUGUUAUUCAGGGUUACCAUAAGAGAAGGGAAUAUAUUGCAGCAUUUCUUAGUCAUUUUGGAACUGGAGUGGUAGAGUACGAUGCUGAGGGUUUCACAAAACUCACUUUGUUGCUGAUGUGGAAGGAUUUUUGCUUCCUUGUUCACAUUGACUUGCCAUUGUACUUUCCUCGAGAUCAGCCAACUUUGACGUUUCAGUCUGUCUAUCAUUUUACGAAUAGUGGAGAACUAUAUUCUCAAGCCCAGAAAAACUAUCCUUAUAGUCCACGAUGGGAUGGCAAUGAAAUGGCCAAAAGAGCAAAGGCUUACUUCAAACUAUUUGUCCCUCAGUUCCAGGAGGCAGCUUUUGCAAAUGGAAAACUCUAAAAAAAAAAAAAGGGGGGGGGGGGGGAACAACCUCAUCCUGAGAAAAUGCCAAACAGAUUCUUGUGCCCACAUGCUUGUCAACAGAUUGCAAGAUAACUUCCUGAAGCUUGGGCUUCAGCAUUUAUUGGUGGGGGCUUCGCCUCUGCAGUUUCAUUGUGAUCAUCAUAGACCGACUGAAUGAGAACUUUGGCUGAUUGACUUCAAUACAGGGUCUUUUCUCUCUCUCUUUUCUUUUCCUAUAUGCAGAAAUGUUGCUUCAUUACUUGCUUGAUGGAAGUUCAAAAUAUAUUGAAUAAAUGUGAUUUCCCCCACCUUCCUUUUAUUUUUUUAUUUUUUAUUUCUUUUUCUAUGCCAAUGUUUAGAUUUUUUUUUUUUUUUUUUUUUUGGGUGAAUUUCUGCAUGCUGGAAUUUUUGACACAUUAGAAGCACACUGAAAAUAAAUGUACAAUAAAUCUGUCAUAUUA